GUCAAGGGGAGUGACCAGCCAGUCUCAGUCAAAUGCCUCCAUCCAGCGGUCAAAACUUGACACACGCCGGACCCAUGCGAGAAAUCGGGGGCCGGUUUCAAAAGGGUUGACAGCAAAUAUUAUCCAGUGUUCUCCAUACAGACAAUGUGAAUCUGAGCCACUGCAACUGAUCCACAAAGAAUUUCUGAUCCUGAAGAGGAGAACAAAAACUAAUGGGUUUGAACUGCCUAAAGUGCUUCAAUCCCCUCUCUUCAUCCGUUCACUGAUAACAUCAGUGAGUCACAUUAGCUGAAACCCCGGCUGUUGCCAUGGCAAUCCUCUUUGCUGUGGUGGCCCGUGGAACCACCAUCCUGGCCAAGCAUGCAUGGUGUGGUGGGAACUUCCUGGAGGUGACUGAACAGAUUUUGGCCAAAAUCCCCUCUGAGAACAACAAACUGACCUACAGCCACGGCAGCUAUCUCUUUCAUUACAUCUGCCAUGACAGAAUCAUAUACCUGUGUAUCACUGACGAUGACUUCGAAAGGUCACGUGCUUUCAGCUUCCUCAGUGAAGUCAAAAAGCGGUUUCAGACAACCUAUGGGUCGCGAGCGCAGACGGCCCUGCCCUACGCCAUGAACAGCGAGUUCUCUUCCACACUGGCAGCUCAAAUGAAACACCACUCAGAUCCCCGGGGAUCAGAUCGCCUGACUGAGACACAGAUGCAAGUGGAUGACUUGAAGGGGAUCAUGGUCCGCAACAUAGACUUAGUAGCUCAGCGAGGAGAGAAGCUGGAGUUGCUGAUUGACAAGACAGAAAAUCUGGUUGAUUCAUCAGUCACAUUUAAGACAACAAGUCGUAACCUGGCACGAGCCAUGUGCAUGAAGAACCUCAAACUCACUGUCGUUGUUGUGCUGGUGUGUCUGGUGGUCAUCUACAUUAUCGUCUCCGCUGCCUGUGGAGGUCUCAGUUGGCCCAGCUGUGUCAAAUAAUGAGAGGAGUGGACAAAAAAAGAGUGGGAGAUGAAGGGAGAGAGGGAGGAAGAAGCUUUUUGCCAGUAGACGUGAAGGGAAUCACCACUUUUCCUUACCUCUACAGCUUCUACAUCCCUGGAACUCACACGCUCCUCCUCCUUUCUCCUUCUCCCCCUCCCUCAGUAGCGUGCACAUUGACUUGCCUUCUGGACCUGGAGUCCCACAUACCCUCACUAAUGGACUGCAGAAUCUGGCCUAAAACUGGUCUGGAACAUUAAUCUCGUCUUAUUCUAGUCAGGAACAUUCAUCUUGUGUCAUGCACUUAGUGGCCUGAUGUAUCAGCCUGUGAUACUGUUCUGAUGCCUCCAUCCAUCCCUGUAGUUAAUUCAGACUGAUAGAACGAACCACUCAAGGCAAAGAUUUCAAACCUGUCAAUGUCUUGCUUUUCCUUUGAAGAGAACGAAAAAUCGAAACAAAACAUAUGGGACAUGCAAGCUGUAGAUAAGCGUUUUAGGUGUGUUGCAGAUCCAUCAGUAAGGACUCCCACAGUACAAUGUCUUCUCUCGGUUACAUCCCUGAGAUGUGUUUUUUUGUUGCUGUUUUUUGAGAAAAACUGAUGCAGUACAUUUUCCCUCAGUGGCAUGUGUCUUUUAACUACUGGAACCAUCUUGUGGAUGACAUGCCCCUUUUUUUUUUUUUUUUUUUUUUUUUUUUUUUGCUCAAAGACCGUUGUGUUAUCUGUUAUCACCAAGCACAGUUGCCAAGCAUCUUCUGCAAAACAAAUAUAAAGAAUAUCAUACUCAAAUCAGUAUUGCAUAUUUGAUUGAUAUUGUUUCAAGAAAAUAUAAUGGUCCUAUAAAAUCAAGACUGAUUUUGAGCACAUACUUCGUUCUGUCCUGAACAUGGACUUGGUAAGAAGCUCCCUUUACUUUCCUUAGUAUUAGGGUCCUCAACAUGCUCAUGUGUCCUUUUUGUUAACACAAUGCACUUUUUACAAUGUACAUAGGUUUGCUUCCUACCAUCAUAUGGUUUAUAAUCAUGUAAUUAUUUAAUUAUUGUACAUCCAGAUUUGAAAUAAUAAAAUUUCAUGAUAUCAAAUGGUUGAUCUCUGAG